GCCUGCGCUUACCAUAAUGCCGGAUGUAGACGUCCCGCUGAACAGCGUGCGGGCUGAUCCUCAGAUCCUCUGAUACUCUACAACACGAGCUGAUAGAACUAGAACCCUCUAGAACUAUACAGCUCUAGAACUAUACAGCUCUAGAACUAUACAACUCUAGAACUCUAGAACUAUACAGCUCUACCAGCACUGAGCCGAGCCGCGGAGCCGCGGAGCUGCGGGCAGGAUGUCCAGACACGGCCGGCACGGAGGAGGAGAACGAGGUGAACGAGGAGGUGAACGAGGAGGUGAACGAGGAGGUGAACGAGGAUGAGGAGAGAUGAAGGUGUACGUGGGGAACCUGGGGACGGGGGCGGGGAAAGGUGAGAUAGAGCGAGCCUUCGGGUACUACGGACCGCUCAAGACCGUCUGGGUCGCCAGGAACCCCCCCGGCUUCGCCUUCGUCGAGUUCGAAGAUCCCCGAGAUGCCGACGCUGCCGUCCGAGGGUUAGACGGAAAGCUGAUCUGUGGGAGUCGUGUCCGGGUCGAACACUCAUCAGGAAGUCCUCGUCACUCUCGGUACGACCGACCUCCCUCCAGACGAUCAUUCGACCCCAGCGAUAAGUGUUAUGAGUGCGGCGAGAGAGGUCACUACGCCUACGACUGUCACCGCUACAGCCGUAGGAGCCGGAGGAGCAGGUCCAGGUCCAGGUCUUGGUCCAGAUCCCGUGGGAGGCGUUCCUCCCGCAGCAGGAGCCGAGGGCGGAGGUCCAAGUCCAGAUCCAAGUCCAGAUCCAAGUCCAGAUCCAAGUCCAGAUCCAGGUCCAAGUCCAGGUCCAGGUCGAGGUCCAGGUCAAGGUCUAGGUCCAGAUCCAGGUCAAGGUCUCGAGGCCAGAACAGGUCUGGAUCGAUGGGUCGCUCUCGCUCUGGAUCUCCAGCUAGAAGUCGUUCGACCUCUCGGAGUCCAGCUGGAAACAACUGAAGAUUUUUCUGUUUUUGUUUCUGUGAAUGAAUUUUAUUUGAAAAGCUUUGAUUGUAGAUGUGUUGUAAUAGUUUUUGUAUGAACAGACUAAGUUCUCCUGUAGCAUCAUUAUUAUUGAUUAUUGAUUAUUGAUGAGGACAUGUAAAUGAAUCAGAGUUUACUUCCUGUUAGUUUCAUCUAAAGACUCAAUAAAGAUUUACACAUCUGUG